AUGGGUAAUUACAUUCAAAAUUUUCGUGGUAACCCUGAUCAUGGGGCUAGAGAAACCACACGCAGAGCAGGGUGGUUACCAGUAGGAGGAAUAUGUAUAUUUUUCACUAUACUAUUGCUCAUUGCGGUUACAAUUGUCUGUUCAUUGAUUCCGCUGUACUUAUCAAAGAAAGGUGCUAAUGUUGUCGUAAACAGUGUAAAUUCAAAUCUUAACAUGGUGUUUGCUACUGAUUUCAGUAGUAGUGUUGGGGAAUCAGUUACUAAUGAUGAUGCACUUGCUCUUCAGUUUAACGAAAAAAUGGGUUACUCGAAUGGUGUGUUAAGUCUUAAAUCGAUUGCCUUGAAGACUGGUAGCGUUACAAGCACCAAGAGGAGAAAACGACAAUUAAGAGAUGCAGUUUCUUGCAAUGCAGUUGAAGCAGGUUCUAAUAUAGGCAAAGGUGACAAACUUAUGGUUGCGAUCAUUAUCAAUGAGUGCCCAGAAACAAAAUGCAAGACUGAUUAUUGUCUUACACAAUGUAAAAAUUCAACCAUGGCUGACAUACAGUCGAAACUUAGCUCGACUUCAUUCACUAUUGAAACAAACCUAGGAUCACAUACAGUUUCAUGCCGAUUUUGUGCCUUUGGUCAAGUUGUUCCAGUUUCGAAUGCGUCAUCGUCGACAGUCCCCAAUGUGCCACCACCAACAACAACAUCAACAACCACAUCAACAACUACAUCAACAACUACAUUCAUAACCACAUCAACAACAACAGCAAGACCGACCUGCAGUGACAGUGUUAAAAAUCAGGAUGAGACCGGUGUUGACUGCGGAGGUAGCAUUUGUUCAACAAAAUGCGCAGCAAAUCUGACAUGUGGAGGAAAUUCAGACUGUGUGAGUGGGGUUUGUACUGGUGGCAUAUGUCAAGCCAUGUGUACUGAUACUGUGCAAAAUCAAAAUGAAGGAGACAUUGACUGUGGAGGCCUUUGUGCACUUAAAUGCGCAGCAGGUCUGACAUGUGGAGUAGCUGCGGACUGUGUGAGUAUAAUUUGUACUAGUGGCAUAUGUCAAGCCACGUGUACUGAUACUGUGAAAAAUCAAAAUGAAGGAGACAUUGACUGUGGUGGUCCUUGUCCAAAUAAAUGCGCAAAUGGUCGGACAUGCGGAGGAUCUACGGACUGUGUGAGUGCCCAUUGUACAAGUGGCACAUGCCAAGUUGAUCCUAAUUCGUGCAGUAUUCUUUGUUGCCCUGGUGGUCCUGGUUAUGGUGGUUCUUUUACUCGUCCUUAUUAUAGUCCUUUUUAUAAUUUUGGUGCUUGUACUGCUUGUACUUAUAAUGGUGCUCCUGCUUUUUGUUCUGGUGGUGCUUUUAAUAAUGGUGGUACUUAUCUUAAUUAUGCUGGUAGUGCUUGUUUUGCUGUUCUUGCUGUUAACAGUUGUUUUGUUUAA